UUCGACAAGCCCAACGGAGACGUAGUCUUACGAUCCUCGGAUGGCUUUCCCCAUCGCGUUCACAAAAUCAUCCUUUCUGAAGCGUCGCCCUUCUUCGCGACCAUGUUCUCGCUUCCGCAGACUCAAACAGUAGGUAAUGAACCGCCUAGCGAUACCGAGGUACCGAACAUCCCAGUGGUGCCAGUCACGGAAGACUCGCACACGCUCAGCCACCUCCUACGCCUUUGCUACCCCUCGCCACUCCCCCCGCCUACAUCUCUCAGCUUGGAUGAAGUCGAAGGGGUGCUGGAUGCCUCUUCAAAGUACGAGGUGGAAGUCGCGCGCGCGUUCUGCACGUCCGUCCUCGAGAGCCACAUCAAGUCAGAACCCAUCGCAGCCUACGGACUCGCCCUCCGUCUGCGUCUCAAGAAGGAAGCAUGCGCCGCCGCCCUCGAGUCGCUCAAGCACGACUUUCCUCCACCCGACACGAGCGACGACUCCCCGAUUUCCAAGGCCAUCGCGCGCAUGUCGGGCAUGGCCGUCUACCGGCUCGUUCAAUACCGGGAGGCCUGCAAGUCUGUCGCGCUC